AUGACUGGAGAAGCUGGGAUUUUGGGGGCAGGAUCAUCAAUCACCACCAUGAGGGACCCAAGUUUGGAGAAGAGCGAUCGGGGAGCUAUCGUUACAACCGAGGUGGAGUCUACAACAACAAAAAAGUCAUUUGGCUUCUAUGCCAUCAUUAUCGCCCUCGCCUUGACCAGUCUCUUGACAUCGCUUGAGGCGACAAUCACAUCCACGGCACUUCCAACCAUCACAGCCGAUCUUGGGGGUGCUAAUCUAUAUGUCUGGGUUGUCAAUGGCUAUUAUCUAACACAGACUGCCUUUCAGCCUUUCUUUAGGCAAAUGGCUGAUAUUUAUGGCCGCCGAUGGCCGAUGAUCACUAGUGCAGCCAUAUUCACCCUCGGCAGCGGUAUCGCGGGAGGUUCCAAGAACAUUCAAAUGCUCAUUGCGGGCCGCCUGCUCCAAGGAAUUGGCAGUGGCGGAAUUCUCGUCCUCACCGAGAUCAUUAUCUGCGACCUCUUGCCUCUGCGCGAACGAGGCAAAUACCUUGGCAUGAUCGUCAGUAUCGUCGGAAUUGGCGCUGCGAUGGGUCCACUAUUUGGGGGUCUCAUCGUGCAAUAUUCUUCAUGGCCGUGGGUCUUUUACCUCAACGUUCCGAUCGGUGGAGUGGCGUGCAUCGUGCUCUUCAUCUUCCUCCGCCUCAAGUCUGAUAUGACAGCCGACUACAUGCAGCGCCUACGUCGCUUCGACUGGAUCGGCAACCUACUUUUCGUCCUUUCCAUGGUGUCGAUUCUCAUCGCCCUUGCAUGGGCAGGAACUCAGUACGCGUGGUCUUCUUACCAGGCUCUCGUACCCUUAAUUCUCAGAUUUGCGGGUGCGGUAGCUUUCCUAUUCUACGAAUCCUCAAGCUACUGCGUGAAUCCAGCCAUGCCGCUACACAUCUUUUCCGACCGCACAUCAGGAACCACAUUUGCUGUCACCUUCUUACACACGCUCUCUAGCAUCUCGAUAAUGUAUCUCUUGCCAGUGUAUUUCCAGGCCGUGCUCGGUGCAUCACCUUCCCGCUCUGGGGUUCAGCUUCUCCCGACCAUCUUGUUCAUGAUCCCGGGUGCUAUCGCCGGUGGCGUUCUCCUAUCCAAAUUCGGCCGCUAUCGUCCCCUCCAACAUGCUGGCCUCGCUUUGAUGGUCAUCGGGUUUGGGCUUCUGACCCUUCUCAAGUCAGACUCGAACACUGGCCAGUGGGUUGGCUACCAACUCAUCGGCGCCUUAGGCACGGGUCUUGCGCUGCCGGUUCUUCUGCCCGCUGUCCAAGCACCUCUUACCGACAAGGACACAGCGGUUUCCGCCUCAGCCUGGUCCUUUAUUCGUACGUUCGGCUUUAUCUGGGGCACAAUCAUUGCCACGGCCGUUUUCAACAAUCAGUUUGACAUUCUGGCGCCGCGCAUCACUGAUGCCUCUAUCCGUAAUCUGCUCACAGGUGGUCGGGCGUACGAGUAUGGCACCAAGGCCUUUAUUAACUCCAUCUCGGAUCCAGUCACAGUUGUGGAGGUUGGGUCCGUUUAUGUAGAUGCGCUGAAUGUCGUUUGGUAUGUCAGCAUAGCUUUCUCGGGCCUGGGAUUCCUGCUAGUUUUCUUGGAGAAGGAGAUUCCUCUCAGAAAGGAGCUUGAUACCAAGUUUGCAAUGGAGGAGAAGGAAAAGAAGCACAAGUCAGAGGCAUGA